UGUGUUUAUAGCAGAAAAUGCUUUCCUGAUUCUCCCAUCCGACUAUGCUGUUCUGCACUGGCGCACGGCACCAAAUAAAAGCCUCGGCUCGCCUCGAGCUGUCCCCCCAUCCCCCAACUGGAGAGUAGUAGAUCGAUUCGAUCCACCCUCCGAUUCCUUUACCGAACCGUGGGGGAAAUCCGCGCCGGGGAUGUCGUCGUCGGUCGGAGGCGGAGGGGGAGGUGGCGCGGGCGGCGGCGGCGGUGGCGGAGGAGCGGACAUUGCGAGCCUGCUGGAUAAGGCCAAGGAGCUGGACCAGCUGCGCAAGGAGCAGGACGAGGUGGUCACCGAGAUCAACAAGAUGCACAAGAAGAUCCUCUCCUCUCCAGAGAUGGUUGAUAAACAGGUUGAUGCUACGUUGAUUCGGCUUCGUGCUUUAUAUACACGUGCCAAAGAACUUUGUGAGAGUGAAGUCAGUGCAUCGUCUGCUUUGGUUGGACUAUUGGAUGGUUUGUUGCAAUCUGGAACUUCAGCUGCACAACGAAAAAAGAUAGUUGGUGAGCAGAAAAAGAAGAGGAUGAAGUCUGAUACAGAUACUACACGAUUCUCCUCUGCAUCUAUGAGGAGCCAACUUGACCAAGCUACAAACCUGAAAGGAGAACAGGUUGCAGCUAAGGUCAAAUCAGACGAAGAAAAAGAUGAAUGGUUUGUGGUGAAGGUGAUACAUUUCGAUAAGGAAACAAAAGAAUAUGAGGUACUUGAUGAGGAGCCAGGUGACGAUGAAGAGAGUGCCCAAAAGAAGUACAAGUUGCCUAUGUCAGAUAUUAUUCCAUUUCCAAAGAGAGGGGAUCCUUCCAGUGCCCCAGAUUUUGGGCAGGGUCGACAAGUCUUAGCUGUUUAUCCUAGCACAACAGCACUAUAUAGAGCUACUGUUGCCUCUAAUCGUAAGAGGAAAUCUGACGAUUAUCUACUCUUGUUUGAUGAUGACGAGGAGGAUGGAAAUCUACCACAAAGAGCUGUGCCGUUCUAUAGAGUGGUUCCUCUCCCGGAGGGCCACCGGCAGUGAAAAUCUCAGUUGGAUCCGUCUUUACCCCGGCCAGUGUAGUGUGUGAAGAUAGGAGUGUGAGAGUGUCUGCCUGACAAUGUAGUAAUUUUGUUUUAUCUGCACCUUGUCCGCAGCAUGCAGAUUGUACUACCAAAGUGACUUCUAAGAUGUCCAAGGUUCAGCGAUCAUGUAAAUAGGUUGAUUCAGUGUUGCUCUAUAACAAAAAUAAGUGAUUUCCCCUUCGAAAAACGCACCGCCGCACACCUUAUCUGGCCUCUGCUUGGUGUGCUUCGAGUUAUUGCAACGCAGGGCACUACAGUCGUAUCGUCAUAUUGUAAUUGAUGCCUUCGUUGCAUUUAAAGAUGACGCGGCAUUUGUGCAUUGCACCAAA